AUGGAAGCCCCCGACCCGUCCAACUCAGUCGAGCCUUGCCGCCAGCGUCAACACAGCCGUCCUGGUCCUGUAGUUGAGACUGUGGAACGGGGCUUCCACCGUGCCUCGCUAGGCAAGUACCCUUGUGUUAGUAUCGCUUCGCGCAGUGACCUGUCUUCCGCUCCUAGCACCGAACCCUCGCCACCAGGACGUACGCUCCAUGACAUUAUGGAAUCCUCCCAUCCGUCCAACUCAGUCGAGCCCUGCCGCCAGUGUCAACACAGUCGCCCUGGCCAUGUAGUUGACACUGAGGAACCGGGCUUCCACCGCUCAGGCAAUCUGCGCAUCUACUACCAAAACGUUCGAGGACUGCGCACGAAAAUCGAAGACUUCUUCUUGACCGUCAGUGAGCUGGAUUACGACGUGAUUGUGCUAACCGAGACCUGGCUAGAUGAUCGUGUUUUUUCUUCACAACUAUUCGGGGCUGAUUACUCUGUAUUCAGAACAGACCGUAGCGCACAUAAUAGCAACAAGUCAAGGGGUGGAGGAGUUUUGAUAGCUGUUUCUUCACAUUUAAAUUGCUCGUUGGACCCGGCGCCCGUUAGUGACCGAUUGGAACAAGUUUGGGUAAAGGUCAUACUGCCUGCUAACAACGUAAGCAUCGGUGUGUUUUACCUCCCGCCAGAUCGAAAAAACGACCUUGAUGUCAUUCAUCGUCACAUCGACUCUAUAGCUGCUGUCCACAACAACCUGUCGGAUAAUGACUUGGUGCUCCAGUUCGGCGAUUACAAUCUGUCGCAUGUCCACUGGUCCGCGGAUAUAGACAAUCAGCUUUCGGUAGAUCUGCAUCGUUCUCGGCUGUGUCCUUCGAGUUCGGCACUGUUGGACGGAUUCUGUUUCCAUGGGCUUUUCCAGGUUAAUACAGUAGUUAACAGUAGCAACUCGACACUCGAUCUCGUUCUCGUUAAUGACGCAGUUUUGCAGAAUAUUUCGCUUUCCGAAGCCGGUGUAGCGUUGACAGCGCUUGACAAUCAUCAUCCAGCGAUUGAGGUCCAAGUCUCUUGUCCCAUACCGAUUGCACGUGAUACGUUACUCGACUAUACUGGGUACAACUUUCGAAAAGCUGAUUUCGAGUCUUUGAAUGCAGAACUGAUGCAAGUCAACUGGAGUCAGCUCGAGUUAAUGGGAGAUAUUGACGAGGCUUUUGGAUUCUUCACUAACUCCGUGCUGCAAGCAGUUACGACACAUGUCCCGCCGCGACGGCCGCCCAGCAAACCGCCUUGGUCCAAUGGUCGACUUCGUCUGCUGAAACGCCGCCGAUCUUCUGCUUUGCGUUACUAUUGUAAUCAUCGAUCACAACAAGCUAAACUAGAUUUGAACAGGACAACUCGAGAAUACAGGAGCUACAACGCGUUUUUGUAUUCUCGCUAUAAGUUUCGAACAGAGCAGAGCCUCCGAACCAAUCCGAAACGUUUUUGGUCAUUCGUGAACUCCAAAAGAAAUGAAGACGGCCUACCAACAUCGAUGUACCUUGAUGAGGUAACAGCCAACUGUGCCGCCGAUAAAUGUGAACUUUUUGCUGCACAGUUCAAUCGCGCCUUCAACGAUUUUGUAGCUGGGCCUGCGCAGGUUGAGCUUGCCUUACAAGAUACUCCACGUGACGCCUUCAGCUACGACAUGUUUGUGGUUUCAGAGCAGGAUCACCCCAAUAUCCUGUGGACCACAGGCAGCAGCAUACUAGCGGCCAGCGACCUGCCCGGGAACCCAACUGCAUUCAGUUGGCACACGCGAAACAGCCCGUUGUUGCUAGUUUAG